AUGAAUAGUUCUAUGUGGCUUUCAGUUUGUGCAACGCUUUGCUUGACUUUGUUGCAACAAGUUGCAUCUGAAGAUGUGCACUCCAGAUCUAAACGUUUUUUGAUAUUUCCACGACAAGCGCCCACAAGGCACCAGUUUAUUGCUGGUAUUGGUAUUCCUGCGGAUCUUGAGUAUGAAUCCCUGACUGUUGGCUAUGUCCUUAAAGCGGAAUACUAUCUGCCCUAUAAUGCAACCGUCUACAGGCAAAACCCACUGUUUCCUGAAUACAAACCAAACACCAUAGACGCCCAGGAUCAACGGAAAUUGUUUAUGAAACCCACAGAUUUGCGCUGGGAACUAUACCAAUUUAUCGAACACUUGCUUAAUGGGUAUGGAUUAAAUGGUCAUGACUGUCUUUUGGAGGCCAUUUGCGAGGCUAAUAACAUCAAAUUUGCGAAGGAUUUUAGUACUGCUGGAGAAAUGCUACACUUGCUUUUAAGUCCUUCUUCUACUUUAAACUCGGAGUCUAAUCGAGCUCUGGAUUUUAUACUAGCGGAAAAAGAUGGAUCACGAAGGGAUUGUUCAAAGUAUGACUGCAAUACAAAGAUAAUUAAUUGGUUUUCGUUCGUCAACAAAAUGAACUUUUGA